CUAGCCGUUACAGGUGUUGUGUCGAAACUGGUGAGCUAUCAAAAUCGGGAAUCCGAAACAACACCCUACAACUGUGUAUAGUGAUACCUUAUGUGAGAUAGACACAGGAAGCGGCGUAACAGGUGUCAAAUUGAUAGCAUCUGACUCCGUCACUGAUUAUAAACAAGAUGAACAAAUACAGGAAGCAGAUGGCAGAGCAGUUCCUGAGUCAGGCACUGGGCAUCAUCUGCCUGCUAACCGGAGAGGAAUAUGUAAUUAUGAAGAAGAGGCCCUCCCACAGCAGCAUUCACCUGCAGAGCGGAGAGGUGCCUAUAAAGUGUGAUGAUGUUGCCGUGUAUUUCUCUAUGGAGGAAUGGGAGUAUAUAGAGGGACACAAGGAGCUUUACAAGGACGUCAUGAUGGAGACUCACCAAGCACUACGGACUAAUGAGAUUCCAGGAAAUGAGAGCUCAGAACUAACAGGUCACAGAGAUGAAAAUCUAGACACAGAAACACAAGGAGAACUUGUACAGAAUAUUCAGCCAGUGGAGAGCCCAUCAGACGUCUCUGCAGAACUAACAGGUCACAGUAAUGAAAAUCUAGACACAGGAUCACAAGGAGACCUUGUACAGAAUAUUCAGCCAUCAGAUGUUUCUGCAGAUGAUGAUGAUAUUAAUACUGACGUAGAUGUUAAAACAGAAGAUCUGAGUGUAACGUGUCAGCUGGAAACUCCAAUGCAGGAAAUGUGUGACAGUGAUAAUGAAGGUGUAAAUGAUGCUAAGAUUUCAUGUAACACUAAACAAACUGAAGAUCAGUGGCUAAGAAAUAUGCCAGGAGCUGCAGAACAGGAAAUAUGUGCCAAUAUAAGCACAGGUGAAUUCACAAACGGCAAUAAUCCUAGUCAUGAUCAGAGUUCAGAUGCUUCUUUACUUCUUCUGCAAAAUCAAAGAAGCCACGUGGGAAAUUUACAUCUUUAUAAACAUCUAAAUAUUCAUAGAGGAGAAAAGCCAUUUUCCUGUCCUAUAUGUGGGAAAUUUUUUAACCAUAAAAAAAAUCUUGUUGCUCAUCGGAAAAUACAUAGAGCAAAAAAAGGAUUUUUAUGUUCGGACUGUGGGAAAUAUUGUGCUCAGAAAUCACAUCUUAUUGAUCAUCAGAAAAUUCACACAGGAGAAAAAGCAUUUUCCUGUUUUACUCUGAAAUCAACUCUUAUUACGCAUCAGAAAAUUCAUACUGGGGAGAAAGCAUUUUCAUGUUCUGACUGUGGGAAAUGUUUUACUCUGAAAUCACAUCUUCAUAGCCAUCAGAAAGUUCAUACAGGGGAGAAACCAUUUUCAUGUUCUGACUGUGGGAAAUGUUUUACUCUGAAAUCAACUCUUAUUAUGCAUCAGAAAAUUCAUACAGGAGAAAAAGCAUUUUCAUGUUCUUACUGUGGGAAAUGUUUUACUCAGAAAUCAAAUCUUAUGACGCAUCAGAAAAUUCAUACUGGGGAGAAAGCAUUUUCAUGUUCUGACUGUGGAAAAUGUUUUACCCAGAAAAUUGCUCUUAAUAAGCAUCAGAAAACUCAUACUGGGGAGAAAGCAUUUUCAUGUUCUGACUGUGGAAAAUGUUUUACUCUGAAAUCAAAUCUUAAUAGGCAUCAGAAAAUUCAUACAGGAGAGAAAGCAUUUUCAUGUUCUGACUGGGAAAUGGUUUACUCAGAAAUCAACUCUUCUUAGCAAUCAGAAAAUUCAUACAGGGGAGAAAGGAUUUUCAUGUUCUAAAUGCGGAAAAUGUUUUACUCUGAAAACAACUCUUAUUAACCAUCAGAAAACUCAUAUUAUAAGAAAUCAGAGUUUAACCUCCUAAGUACAGAGGGUGGUAUGUAGUUGUCACCCACACAAUACCAAGUACUGAUGAUGACUGCAUGUGACCCCCUAGAGCAUGCAGUUUUAUGAGGUGACCCCAGGGUGGAUGUGAUUUAAAUCAAAUUGAUUUAAAUCACUAGUCAGUAGGAUUACAUUAAUAAUAACAAUAUAAAUAGUUUUAUUUAACUAAAACAAUAACAUUAUUUUUUAUUUUUAAUGCUUGCCCCUCCCUGCCCCUCACACUUAGGUCCUUGUGCAGAUCUAUUACAUUACAAACAAUCUUCUAUUCAGUGAACUUCCUGAAACUUAGUAUGUGUUGAUUCGGUGUACAUAGAUUUGCAGGGGAGCAAUGACAUUAAAGGAAAAUAGUCAAAUAGUCAAUAAGUCAAAAUUAAACUUUCAUGAUUCAGAAAGAACAUUACAUUUUUAAUAGUUUUCUAAUUGACUUCUCUUAUCUAAUUCUUGAUAUCCAUUGUUGAAAAGCCUGCAUAGGUAGACUCACUCAGAUGUAAUGUACUACUGUGAGCUAGCCUGUUGUCACUGUCUCAUCCAUUGUAUUCAGAUAGGCCCCAGUAGAGCAUUGCUCUCCUUCAACUAAGGAUUCCAAGAGAAUGAAGAUAAUCUAAUAGAAGUAAAUCUGAAAAUGGUAUGUUCUAUCUGAAACCCAAAAGUUAUCUUUCAUGAUUAUGGUCUAUUUAUCAACUCUAUGUUAAUUUCUCCUACAUUGGUGUGUCCG